GAAUGCAUAUUUGCUGCUCAGGUCUCGUUUGCGGGCAUGUCUUGUAAGACAUCUGUGAAGAAGAAUAGUUGUUCUCCCGUUUGGAACGAACAGAUAGUGAUCACUGAAAUGUUUCCACCUCUUUGUCAAAGACUCAAAAUCCAGAUCAGAGACUCGGAUCCCGUCAGCGAUCAUAUUAUUGCCACACAUUUCAUACCUCUCAGUAAGAUAUCAAACGAAGGGUCAAAAGGAUUUUUGCCCACUUUUGGGCCCUCUUUUAUAUACCUCUACGGAUCCAUAAGAGACGGCUCUAUAUUUGAAGACCAGUCUAUCCUUAACGAUGGCUUCUCUGAGGGCAUUAUGUAUAGGGGAAGGAUUCUUAUGGCCAUUCACACUGAGAUACUCGAGUCGGUGGAGGCAAAUAUAGCAGGAGUUAACGUCGAGCCCACUCAACCAUUAAAUGAGAUCAAAUUGUAUUCAAGGAAUAAUUAUGGGAAAACAGAAGAGUUUCUAUUAUUUGCCUCAAUAUUUGAAUCAAAUAUGAUUGAUAAGAAAUAUGCGGACAAACCAUUGCAUUAUGAAAUAUCCAUCGGUAACGAUGGCAUACAAGAAGAUGACUCAAACCAAGACUUGACGGCAUCUACUUAUGAACACUUUGAUGACAAAUCUCUCUAUUGUGCAAAUAAUAGUAACAAUAAUAAUAAUAAUAACUGCAGUGAAAAGCAAAACUUACUUUCAUUUGUUAGUCAACAAUACAAUUAUGACAUGCGAUCGACGACAUCGCCAAUCAGACCAGUGAUGACAGACCGUCAAUAUUAUCACUUGCCUAUAGAGGCAGAGAAGCCGUGUCUUUAUCUCAAGUCGUCUCUACCCGACCACAGAAGACGUGCCUAUAAUUGCAAUAUCAUUGAGAAGAUUGGUUUGAAUUUGGAAAUUGGAUUACUUGACGUACAAGAGAUGAUUCGCGUCGAGAAACCACAUCCCGAUCGACGACUGAGGGGAGUACUCGAGGAACUCAUGAUUGACUGCAGUCGAUUUCUUACAAUAAGCAAAGGUUUUGGCGGAAGUGCUAUCGGAAAGACAAAACUUGAUAGAGAGAGGGUUCUGAUGUGUCAGAGAGAAAUCGAGACCAUUUGUAACACUUCCAAAAAUAUCAAUCAAAAUACCAAUGAAAAUAACAUCAAAGACCAAGUUAAACAUGUGAACAAAAUUCUUCAUAAUCUUAAAGAGUUGGCUAAAGACCCACAACAUUCAAUGCCUGAUAUAUUUAUAUGGCUUUUAUGCGGUGAUAAGCGAAUCGCUUACCAAAGGCUUCAAACAAGACAUUACUUAUUUUCUAUAGUUGAGGAAGAAUGUGGCAAAUCAUGCGCUAAAUUACACAAUAUUUUUCUUAAAUUAUCAGGAAAGAAAAAUGAAAUAAUUGAUGGUUUGAUACAGAAUAUGGUUUAUAUUUAUGUUUGGAUUGGAAAUAAAAAGCACAAGAAAUAUUUUGCAAAGGGUUUGCCAAAAGGAUAUCGUAUGUUAGAUGAGUUGGAAAAUGCGGAAAAAUCUCAUCUCAUGCCUCCCAACACUAUAUACUAUGAAUGCAAACAUAGUUUUGAAUUGCGAGCGCAUAUAUAUCAGGCCAGAAGUCUGUUUGCUAGCGAUUCUUCGGGUUUGUCGGACCCGUUCGCUAAAGUCAUUUUGACGGACGCCUGUCAGACAACAGAAGUGAUCGAAGAAACACUGAGUCCCACAUGGGAUCAGAUGCUCAUAUUCCCCAACAUUACGCUCUACGGCGACCGCAACGAUAUUCUAACUAACCCUCCAGUUAUUGUCAUUGAGAUUUACGAUAGAGAUAAUGUGGGAAAGGCAGAGUUUAUUGGUCGGGCUGUUGCCAGAGACAGUUAUAUACGAUUUUCUGAUAUGAAAUACUCGACCCCACAAUUGCAAUGGUUUGAUAUUUGGAGGGGUGACGAGUCGGCCGGUCAGCUAUUGGCGUGUUUUGAAUUAAUUCAGAUCUCAUCAAAACACAAAUCCAAUUCAUACCCUGAUAUUCUGCCCAAUUAUAAAUGUUCGUUAACCCCAUCCGUGAACACGGGAUCAGUUAUGUAUGACAACGAAAUAGGCAUAUAUCCACUCCCGGAGUCGAUUCGGCCCACACUUUCCAAAUAUAGGAUAGAAGUGCUGUUCUGGGGUUUGAGAGACUUAAAACGUGUUCAGUUUAUGUCAGUUGAUAGACCUCGCGUUGACAUUGAAUGCGCCGGAAAUAUAUUGCAAUCAUCGAUAAUAUUAAACUAUAAAAAAAAUCCCAAUUUUAUGAUUCCCGUCAAACAUAUCGAUAUCGAACUUCCCGACCAAGAGAUGUAUUGCCCGCCCCUUACUAUACGUGUCAUGGAUUGCAGAAGUUUUGGACGAUUUGUGUUAGUGGGCACUCAUAUGAUUGCUUCCCUCUCCAAAUAUGCCAUCAAAGACACCACCAAAGAGUUGUUCUCUUAUAAAAAACAAGAAGUCAUUAUUCAUACAAAACACGUCGGAUUUUCAGUGGAAUUGAAUGCAAAAGUAUCCAAAAGUCAUUCGAAAGGAUCGAUUAAAGGUUUCAAAAAUACGACACAUGAAAGUCCGGAUACUUACGAAACUGAUGAGGAGGACAACAGCGAUUGGUGGAGUCGAUACUUCGCUUCCGUUGACAUUACGACCCACCAAAACGUGUCCGAAAUGUCGGCCAUUUUGGACGUGUUUAGCGACCCGAAGAAGUCUCUGCACAACUCUGCACAUCAUUUUGGCGUGAAUUCCAAACUAAGAAAAUCCACAAAUAAGACGACGUCUCCCAAGAAAAACAAAGACAAAACACCGGUUCAGACAAAACACACAUCAAAUUUGAUUCAAAUAUAUUCCAAUGAAUUAGAAUUGUGUCCACAAUUUGAUGGAUUCACUGAAUAUCUUCAAUCAUUUGAGUUAUUUAGAGGCAAACGUUACGGUAAUGACAGCGACGAUCUCUCAAGACUUUGUGGUAUAUUUAAAGGUUCACUCAAACUAUAUCGCCAUCCCUUUUCCAAUUCAAUAUUUGAAUCGCGAUUCACACCAAGCAAUGAACCGAUUAAUGUUUUGGUCCGUAUUUAUGUGGUUAAGGGAUCAGAUCUACAUCCGGCAGAUUUGAAUGGCAAAGCAGAUCCUUAUAUUGUUAUUAACUUGGGUUCAAAACGGGUUAGCGAUAAAGACAAUUAUAUAUCUAAACAACUAAAUCCAAUAUUUGGAAAAUGCUUUGAAUUUGACGCCACAUUUCCUCAGGACUCGAUGUGCACAAUACAGAUAUAUGAUUGGGAUCUGUUUGGAACCGAUGAUCUGAUUGGCGAAACUAAAAUUGAUUUAGAGAACCGUUUCUACUCUAAACAUAGGGCCACAUGUGGUAUCUCCAGAGUCUAUGAAACUUGUGGUCCAAACCAAUGGCGCGAUUCUCUAAAACCAUCACAAAUAUUGGCUAAACUAUGCAAAGACCAUAAGAUCUCUGGUCCAGUAAUGAGUCCACAAAAAGUGAAAUUGGGAUUAACAACAUUCCGGUUCGGAGACACUAAUAAUGAUGUGAUCACACAAUUACCCCUCAUCUCAGAGGAAGACAUGGCUUUAGCUGUUUUGCAUAACUGGAAACAUAUAACCGGAGAUUUAGUUCCCGAACACAUUGAGACCCGGAGUGUCUACCAUCCGGACAAACCCGGUAUAGAACAGGGAAAGGUUGAGAUGUGGGUCGAUAUGUUUGCAAAGGACGGACCGGCGCCGCCGCCCGCUAUUGAUAUCUCGCCACGAAAGCCAAAAAGCUAUGAAUUGCGAGUCAUUAUCUGGAAUACAGAGGACGUCCUCUUAGAAGAUGACGCCUUCUUUACGGGAGAGAAAAUGAGUGACAUUUAUGUGAAGGGUUGGCUCAAAGGGCCAGAAGAUAUGCAAUGUACCGAUAUACAUUAUCGCUCAUUGACUGGUGAGGGUAAUUUUAACUGGCGAUUUGUGUUUCCGUUUGAGUAUUUGCCGGCGGAGGACAAAAUUGUUAUCUCGAGGAAAGAAACAGUAUUUUCAUGGGACGAGACUGAGUGCAAAAUCCCCGCCCGACUAUUCCUACAGGUGUGGGACGCCGACCACUUCUCUGCCGACGACUUUCUAGGUGCGAUCACUCUUGACUUGAAUCGUUUCCCGAGAGGAGCGAAGACCGCAAAGUUGUGUUCAUUAGAUAUGUUGAAGAAUGACAGGUCGACCCCAACGGUGCUGGUGGCCUUUCUAUGGCAACAAGGACAAGGACGAUCCAGAACACCUCGAACUAACAUUGAGGCCGAACUCCAACUCUUGACUAAAGAGGAAGCGGAACGAAAUCCGGUUGGCUUUGGUCGGGGAGAACCCGAUCCCCUCGAGAGACCAAAUAGACCCGACUCUUCAUUUCUAUGGGUUUUAAAUCCCCUCAAAUCGAUUCGUUAUGUCGUUUGGCAUAACUAUAAAUGGCUUUUAAUCAAAGGCUUGUGCUUUCUUCUUCUUGUACUACUAUUUGCACUCUUUGUAUAUUCAAUACCGGGAUAUACUGUUAAGAAAAUGAUUGGCGCUUAG